GUUUUCUAGCGUUGAGACUGCGCAAAUGUAUGAAUUACUUAUCCUGUGGGAUGCUGACUGAUCAAUAGCGUUUCAUGAGUCAUUUUUAAGAUCAUAUAGACGACGGAAACAAUAGAUUGUUAUCAUGAAAAUACCAGGAAAUAAUUACGUGCCAGACGCUACAGUUUUAGGAAAUGUACCAAGCGAGGAUGGAAUGGAUGAUAUGACAGAAUCAGUUGAUGAACUUCGGGAAAAAUUGUCAAACAUGAGAAAAUUAAUGGAAGAAAGAAAAGGAACAUUAGGUGAUCUGAGUGCAAAGAAACGAAAAGAAACCUCAGAUAUAAUUGAUGGCAAUUUUCUAUCAUGGAUUUUUGGUUGUGCUCUUAUUGUUAUUUUUAGUGUUAGUUUUUAUGCCUUUUACAAUUUAUAUCAUGCGGUUUUAAAAAAAUUUCCAUCCCAUCACACCGAAUUAUAAAAUUCAUUUACUUUUUCUUUUUUUUUUUUUUGCAUAAAAACACCAAAAUUCAUUAUCAUUUGGAAUAUAUAUGUCAGCGUUACAUACACAAAAAUGUAAAUAGUAAAAUGACAACAAUAAAAAUAGUUUUAUUAACUCAAAAA